GCGCGCAGGAGGCGGGCCACGGGACGCUGACAAGCGGCGAGGAGCGAGCUGAGCUCCAGGGUCCUCGGCCCUGGCCGCCUGGACCCGGCCUCUAGGGCUGCGCGGGCGGCCGUCGAGAGUGACCGCACUCCGUCACUAGGGACUCGCCACCGGGACACCCCAAAUUCCGGCACCGCGCCUCGCCUCUCUGCAUUUGCCGACCCCCAGCGUCAGCGCGUGGGCGGGCGGUGGGGGCGGAGCUCGCCCUCCCGGGCCGCUGAUUGGCUGCCUCCGCUUCCCUUUCACCUUCCCGGCUGCGAAGUUCAGGUGUGAAGGGACCGCUGUCUGCGAGCCCGCCGCUGUCUGAGAGGUUGCGGUUUGCUCUCGCAGGGAGGCGUUAAUCUGGCUCAGGCUUCUGCGGCAGCGCCCCACCAGCCCAGUUUCCGGAAAUAGUUCGGGUUUAUAUUAUUUUCUCGGACGGUGAAAGAUGUUGGCAUUUAUGUUCGCCUCUACACGAAUGUUUUGCUGGCAACUUAAAUGACUAUUUUUCUCAGAAACGCGAGAUAUUUCCCCCCCCCAGGUGUUCAUACUGUUAUUUUUCAUGACAGGUCUUGACCACAAUACAUACAAAAAAUACAUAGAGAUGAUAACUAAUAUAGUUAUAUUGAGUCUGAUCAUUUGCAUUUCUUUAGCUUUCUGGAUUAUGUCUAUGACUGCAAGCACCUAUUAUGGUAACUUACAGCCUAUUUCUCCUUGGCGUUGGCUGUUUUCAGUUUUUGUUCCCGUUUUGAUCGUCUCUAAUGGCUUUAAAAAGAAAAGUCUAAAUCAUAGUGGGGCUUUAGGAGGGCUCGUGGUUGGAUUUAUCCUAACCGUUGCAAAUUUCAGCUUUUUCACCUCUUUGCUGAUGUUUUUUCUUUCUUCCUCAAGACUCACUAAAUGGAGGGGAGAAACAAAGAAACGUCUAGAUUCAGAAUACAAGGAAGGUGGGCAGAGGAAUUGGAUUCAGGUAUUCUGUAAUGGAGCUGUGCCCACAGAGCUGGCCCUGCUAUACAUGAUAGAAAAUGGCCCUGGGGAAAUCCCAAUAGAUUUUUCCAAGCAGCACACUGCUUCUUGGAUGUGUUUGUCUCUCUUGGCUGCACUGGCCUGCUCUGCUGGAGACACAUGGGCUUCAGAAGUUGGCACUGUUCUGAGUAAAAGCCCACCGAGGCUGAUAACAACCUGGGAGAAAGUUCCAGUUGGGACCAACGGAGGAGUUACGAUGGUGGGCCUUGCCUCCAGUCUCCUUGGAGGGACCUUUGUGGGCAUUGCAUACUUCCUCACGCAGUUGGUUUUUGUUAAUGAUUUAGACAUUUCUGCUCCUCAGUGGCCAAUUAUUGCAUUUGGGGGUCUGGCUGGAUUACUAGGAUCAAUUGUGGAUUCGUAUUUAGGAGCUACCAUGCAAUUUAGUGGUUUGGAUGAAAGCACUGGCAUGGUGGUCAGCAGCCCAGCGAAUGAGGCACUGUGUCUGAAGCUGGUGAAUCAAAGAUGAAAGAGGGCUUCCCUGGUGGCGCAGUGGUUGAGAGUCCGCCUGCCGAUGCAGGGGACGCGGGUUCGUGCCCCGGUCAGGGGAAGAUCCCACAUGCCGCAGAGCGGCUGGGCCUGUGAGCCAUGGCCGCUGAGCCUGCGCCUCCGGAGCCUGUGCUCCGCAAUGGGAGAGGCCACAACAGUGAGAGGCCCGCGUACGACAAAAAAAAAAAAAAAAAAAAGAUGAAUGAAACAAGGACUGUGCCAUCCAUGUGCGAUGAGAAGGGAAGACAAAUGUAUGUAACUAGCAUGUUGAACAAAUAUGACAUGUGGUCUGUGAUUUUUCAAAGUGACUUUAUUUUUUUCAAAGUGACUUUAUUUUUAUCUUCUACUGGCCCUUUAAACUUCCCAUAACCUUAUAUAAAAACUCCAGCAAGCCAUGAACAUUUCUUCUUAUUCUUAGAAACAGGUAGGAGAACAGGUGAACUGUGAAAGAGCAAAGAACGGUGUUCCCCUUUCCCACUGCAGGCUUCCAGCUAAAGCAGGUCCAGGGUGAGGGUUGGGAUUUGUUUUUCUUUGGUUUUGGGUUUGGGUUUUUUUGGCUUUUGUUUUUUAACCCAGGUUUGGCUAUUCUAAAUGCUGAAUUGAGACUUUCAAUAAACUAAAAUUUUGCUGAUGCUGGUUGACUGUUUGCCCCCCAAAUUCAUAGGUUGAAAUCCUAACCCCCCAACGUGAUGGUGUUAGGAGAUGGGGGCCUUUGGGAGGUGAUUAGGUCAUGAGGUGGAGCCCUCAUGAAUGGGAUCAGUGUUUUAUAAAAGAAACCCCAGAGAGCUCUCUUGUCCUCUCCACCACGUGAGGACACUUGAGAAAAUGGCCAUCUGCAACCCAGAAGAGGGCCCUCACAGAAUCUGACCUUGCUAGCACCCUGAUCUUGGACUUCUAGCCUCCAGAACUGUGAGAAAUAAAUUUCUAUUGCUUAUAAGUCA